AUGGCGGCGCCCAGCGGGAGGAGCUGCCGGCGCGCGUGGGCCGCGCUGGUGCCCGCGGCCCUGCUGUGCCUGGCGGUCCGGGCGGCCGCGGGACAGGGCACGGCCCCGGGUGCAGCCCCGAGCACGGCCGAGUUCGACGUGAGGCCCGGCGGAGAGGUUCACUCCUUCUCCCGGAGCCUGGGGGAUUUCAGCUGCACCUUCACCUACUCGGCCCAGGGCGGCACAAACGAGCAAUGGCAGAUGAACGUCGGAGUGAGCGAGGACAGCGGGCUCUUCUCCUGCUCCAUCUGGAGGCCCCAAGGGAAGUCUUAUCUCUUCUUUACCCAGUUUAAAGCUGAAGUGAAAGGAGCCAAGAUAGAGUAUGCCAUGGCUUAUUCUCAGGCUGCUGUGGGUGCCCUCAGCGACAUCCCCUUAAAACAGGAAGAAUUUGAGAUCACUGAAACAACAGUGUCUCACAGGGAAGGCAAGUUCCGUUUUGAGCUGUCCAAACUCGUGAUUGCAGCAAAAACCUCCCGGGAUGAGCUGUGACCCCGAGGCCAGCCCUGGGCCAGUGUGGCAGUGAAGGAUUUCCUGGUCACCUGCAGGGUUUUUCUUUUGUUUGGCCAAACCUUUUAUGUUUUCCAUACUGAAAUGUGCUGGGGACUGACGUGAGCGGGGCUCGGAGGUGUGAGGACAGGUUUGUUCUGCCUUGUGUCAGAGCAGCACCGAGCUGUGCAGCUCAGAGCCCCCGGGAGGCUCCUGAUCCUCCUGUGCCCCUUCCUGCUCGGCUGAGCAGGGCAGAGCUCCCUGCAAAGGGGUCCUUAUCUGCCUGGCUGGAAGAGCAGUGCAGGGAGAUAAGUGGCUGGACUUAAGCAGGGCUUGCUAAAGGGAACUUGUUAACUCUGUAGUCUCUGGAGGGGAGAUGGGAUUUCUCUCUCCAGCAGCCUGACAGGA